GAUGCAAGUAUAGAAAAGCCAGGUACGCGAUGGAGUACUGAUGUGAGGGAAACUGCUGGUUUGGUGGUGGCAAGUGUGUGUUGUAUCUUUUGGGUGGCGUUGUGUUCUGCAUAGGGGAACUGCCAGAUAAAUCACCAUUAGUUCAGAGCUUGGAUAUUCCUUUGCAGAGAGAGAGCGUUGCAAGUACAUCCGUUUACGAAUGAAUGAAAAGAGAAUGGGACAUUUGGUGCUUUAAUUAGUCAUAUGAUCUAAUAUUCAAGAUGAUUGGAAUACUUCUCUGGAAUUUCUUGGUAUUUGUUGCUGGGGCUGUGAGCAUGAUGAUUUCAAUCUGGUGGUGGAUGACAUCACAAGAUGUAGAACAAAUACAAAGUGAAAAAUCAUCUCUCACUGAGAGCAUUUUGCCGGAUGAAUUGGUAAACAAGUUGAAGCAAGAAGAAGGAUUCCAUCGACGUGAAACAUGCUUGUCCUUGAAUUUGAUACUUCAGUUCUUCUUUCAAGAGAAACGUUUUGAAGCUGGGAUCAUGAGGUGGAUCACCAACAUUCUCACUCAAGAGUUUAAUGACUUACUUAAACAUAGAGCUCUCUCCAAGUUCAUUCACAACAUGCAGAUCAGAGACUUGAAUCUGGGAACAAACUUUCCUGUGAUCAGGGCUGUCACUGCGAAGCAUGUGAAUCUCAAUCCUGAAACAUCGAUUCUUGAGCAGAUUGACAUUAAUGUAGAAGUUGAAUACAAUGGAGGAAUUCAACUGGCUAUUGAUGCAUCUUCUAGAUUUUCUAAAGCUGCCAUGGUCAAGAUAAAAGUUGUUCAUCUCUCUGGCAAUGGUCGAUUGCAGUUCUCAAGGCACCCAUUUACACACUGGAGUUUCUCUUUUUAUGAUGAACCUCAGGUCGAAUUUGAAGUACAUUCAAGCUUAGGACUCCACAUUCCUCGCUUCAAUUCAGUUAUAGUUUCCCAACUGCGUGGAAUACUUAAACGCAAACAUACGUUGCCUUACUUCAAGCUUAGAGGAGCUCCUCUGAUUAGGAGACACAACCAACAGAUUAAUGAAGAAGGCUGCUCUGUUCCUCCAGGAAGACUGACUGGCAGUAUUGUAAAGUGCACACGGCUUCAGACCUCUUUAGUUGGUGAGGUGAUGUACUGCACUGUGAUACUGAGUGAAGUUCCUAUUGUUUGUGCUGUUGAGAAGACUUCUGGUUUGUGGGUUGUUCAGGAUAUAUCUCUAAAACGUCCUCAUGGAUCAUCUGUGGGGAUUUUAUUGCGAAAUUCUGAAGAAGGAACUCAAAUGAUAGAAUCAGUCCAGCAAAAUUCUCCAGCCCAUCUUGCAGGCCUUCGGAAAAAUGAUGUAGUAUUAGCUGUAAAUGGAACAUACUUAAACUCCGGCCAGCAGGCAGCAAAGCUAUUUUCUACCUGCAAUAUCAAUGGUGAUAACAAUAGUAUUACCAUAAGGGUGAAGAGAUUAGUCUAUUCUGAAGCAAAGAAGAUAUUAGCUGAGCACAAAACUGUGGGCUCAGAUGCUUCUUCAGCUGUUGUCGGGGAAGAUGCUUCAGGUAGACUUCAUGUGUUCUCCAGUGCCCAGUCCAGUGUGGCACCUUGCACCAGCAGCUGUAGUUAUAGUGGAGACAAAUCUUCUUGUGCCUGGGUAGACACCUCCAGUAGUGGUCCAUCUGGAUGUGCUUGGACAAAUGAUGUUACUGGUGCUGCUCGUGUUGGCAGGAAUGCGGCUGUUGGUAGUGUUGGUGAUGGUAGUAUAAAUCAUGGUGAUAAAUGUAGAGGAGGCAGAAAUGAAGCAGGAAACCUCACCUUUCACUUUAUGGUCAGUAGUGGUGGUCAUAGUAAUGUUAUGGGAGGCAUCAGUGGUGGGGGUGGUAGUAGUAGCAGUGGUGGCAGAGGUGGUAGCAGCAGCAGCAUCAGUAAUUGCAGCAGUGUUAGUGGUUGUGGAGGUGGUAGUAGUAAUGAAAGUAAUAAUAUGAUUGCUUGCACUUGUAGUGGUAGCUCUGGGGUUAUGCUGAAUGGCACUGAUGAUGAUGGAAUGCCUGGAGGGUCACGUGCUAUUAGUCCUUCUCAUUUGCUUGCUGGGAUAAUGGGUACCUUCAACGGAAGCCGGCCAGCUAAGCACCGCUCUUUGCCAGGCUCUCCUGUCCUGCAGCGCACCUGUAGGAAUCGUGUUUACUCUACACGUGAUGGUGACAUAAGUGGGAGUGGCAGAUCAACACCAGAUUCAAGUCACAAUAAUAGUCCUGAAAUGAAGCGAAAACUAUUAGAUCUACACUCACUUUCUACAGAAGCCCGGCCUUCUCUUCUCAGCCAGGAUAAAUCCCCAAUAACAUCUGCUGGCUGUAAAAUCAUUCCUAGAUCUGUUUCCAGUACAGCUCAAGACAAAUCUCCAUGCUCCACUUCUAGUCAGAGUUUUCCUGCACCUCAUCAGCCCACCAGUGAGAGGCCACCCUCCACUCAGAGCAGUAAAGCUGGCACCCCAACUUCAUCAGAAACUUUGAUGAAUAUUAUCAAUUCAGAAAAAAGAGGGCUAAAAAAGUAUGGAGGAAAACACAAACAAAUAAAAUUGUUACAGACACCUUUCAUUGAUGGCACCUGUGAACCUGUCUUUGAUAGUGACUUUGAGUUUUGGUUAGAGGAAGAGAAUAAAUACAUGUGUGUAGCUGUGUGGAGUAGAAGUAUUUCCAACUCAAAGGAGGACUUAAAUUCCUUGUCUUCUGAAAAACUGAAAGAAGACCGAGAAAGAUGUAGAUCAAAGGAUGGUGAAAAAGAAAGGAAGAAGAGCCGAGACCAUGAAAAGACAAAGACUGCAUGUGAAAAUGUAACAGGUGGAUUGACUGAUGAUACAUUAGUGGGUUUCAUCAACUUACCCUUCAUCUCUCUCAUCCCAGAAACAACCCUCAAUACUCAAGGUCAUGUUAUCAAAAUCCUAAACUUAACUCCUCCACAUCCCAAGUGCCCUGAAGUAGCUUCUGAUCCAUUAAUCUCACACAAAGGGUUCAAUCCUAACCUUUGUUAUGGAGAUGUGAUGAUUUCUCUAACAUAUCAACCUCAAGACAGAUGUGAUGUUUUUGGUCGAGUAAUUUUAGAGAAAAAUGCUCUGUCAGAGGAUGAGAGUCUGACAGACGGUACACUAUCUGAGGAUGAUGAUGUCCCAACCAUACAAGAGGCUGCUGAAGAUCGUAAUCAUGACUUUAAGAGGACCCAUUUCCACUCAGCAACACAGUGCAACUUUUGCAGAAAAAAGAUUUGGCUAAAGGAUGCAUACCAGUGCAGUGAAUGUGGCAUAAUAUGUCACAAAAAAUGUAUGGUUCGCUGUGAGCAGGAAACUGUGUGUGAUCCAAGUGGGUUGCGAUACAAAGAUUCUCCCAAGAGUGAUAAUCGAGAGAGCCGAGAAAGCAAGGAAACCCCUGAAAUCAUAACAACCAUUGCUGUAGGUCCAGGUGCUGAGAAUGGGAGUCCUGGAAACACUCCUCCUCCUUCACCACAGACCCAACGCCGCACCCUUGGCAGUUUAUUUGCUCAAGUUGCCAGUGCCAGCAAGGGCAGUUUGAAGCGUGCUGGCUCAGCCCAUAACCUGGCCCCCCCAAACCCGUCCCCUGGUGGAACACAUUCUCGAUCUCUCCCCCCUUCCCCUCCCCAUUCACCCCAUCAUAGUAGGAAGGGCUCUUUGACAGAGGCUUCAAACCCUUUUUUAUUUGACCAAGAUGUGGGAGACAAUAUUCAAGAGGCCCUUGAUCGCCUACUUCUCUUCCCUCAUGAUGAGCGUUUGGUCACCUUAGCAAGGGAGAGUGCAAAAAACCUUCACUGUUAUGUACCAGUAGAAGAACGUCGAGAAAAAAUAAAUUCAACUUUGGCUCAACUACAAACAGCUGUUGACAGUGAAGGAGAGGUUCGAGUAGAUCUGGCCCGGCAAGAAAAAGAAGCUAAUGAGACUGGCAACAAUAUCUCUCGUGCUAGCAUUGCCCUACAAAUAUCUCAGUGUGAUGCCAGAACCCAAGCCCUGGCAUUACUCACUCUCCAUUACUGUACAGCUCUUCAGCACUGCAACACUGAUUCCGAGACAGGUGGAUAUGGCACUGUGACAAAACACAGAAAACAUGCCAUGUUUUCCUUCUCUACCAAACAAGGGAGUUUGUAUCUACAAAAAGCCAAGAAUACUUUCACAGUUCUGUGGAAAGAUAAAUGAGAGGUAACACUUCUCACCACCAUCUACCAUCCACAGAUGGUUCUCAGCUAAAACACUGAUUGCUCCACCAGACAGCCAGAGUGUGUGCUAGGCUACAAUACCAACAUGUGUUUAGUAGACAAAGCUGAUGCAAUGAUUUCUUCCAUAGAAUGUGCUCGUAAAACACUCAAGUGGUAUAUGAAACUAUUUUUCCACCUAAAUGAUGUAUCAAUACUGAAUGAUCAUAUAUGUUCAAGCAUAAGACAAGCAAGAAUCCCACUCUACAAUGGUAUGUCAUGGAAGUGGUACAUCAGUUGCUGGGAGGUAAUGCCACGUAGCACCUUACCUUAGGUCAUCAUGUAGGAUGAAAAUCUUGUACAUCUCACAGGAUACCAUUUUCCAUGCACCAUGCAGCCAUGACCAGAUACGAAAAAAAAAGUGCAGAAACCCCUUCGUGUGUGCAGCCACACAGCUAGAUGAAAAAGAAAAUGGAGUGACACUCGGUAUUACUGUCAUGAGUGUGAUGUGGCUCUAUGCAUUGAACCUUGUUAUGAGGAAUACCAUACCUUGCUACACUUCUGAGCAUCUUGGUUAAUACUGUGGAAGGAAUGUGAAAGAGAAAGAAAAAAGGAUAUUUUGUGUUACAAAAAAGAGAAAAAAAAAACAAUAACUAAUAAUUUUGUGAUGACAGUGUUUUAUUUUGAAAAAUGAACAAUCUAUUCAUGAAAAGCCUAUACAUGAUGAAAAGGCAGUUGUUAUGAAUAUUUAUAUAGUAGACUGUUACCUAGUGCUACAAAAUGAGCAGAAAAUGCUGCAAAAAAAAAAAAAAAUGUAGCAUGGCUUGAAAUCAUACAUCUGGUAGCAUCAGUGAGCAAGCCAAGUGGGAGAUUAAAAGUGUUGAUUUCAAACUUUAACUCAAUUUCUUUCUGUAUUUGGGAGCAAAAAUGAAAAUUCAAAUUUUGGUGACCAGAUUCAAGAUGUAAGAUAUGCUAACCUCUUACAGGUUAAAUUAGGAGAGUGGUAUGGAAAUGGGAAGAUUUUAAGGGAAACUAAUGAAUAUAACUCCUUCAGCCCAAAAACCAUGAUACAUUUACAUAUUCUAUAAAGCUGUGCAUAUCUUCAUUUCAGCCUUUUACUGGUAUACUUAAGCAUCUUUACAUUUUAGUAAUAUGAGAACUUGAAGUACCAGUUCUGUGCCAUGCCUUUACGGUUCAGAAUUAGCUUAUGAGAUAGUUUGUACAAUGCAACUUCGGUUCUAGAACUUAAUUCGUUCCUGAAUGCCAUUCGAAAUCUGAAAUGUUUGAAAACUGAAACUAUUUUCUCCAUAGGAAUCAAUGUAAAAUGGAUUAAUCUGUUCCCAAACACCAGCCUACCCUGUCUUAGUGGCUUAUGACAAAUGCUCCGACAGCCAAGAUGGCUGCUUCACAUCUUCAGCCCACAAAUUAUUUAUCCAGAAAGGAUGUAUUGAAUGAACUCAAUGAUACAGAACUCAUCAGAAGAUACUGUUUAGAGCCUUAGACUGUGGAGGUAUUCUCUUUGUCACUGAUUUGGUGAGGGAAGUCUUGCAGGACACAGAAAGGAGCAACUCACUUAUUUCCAAAAUGAAGGUGGUCAUAACACUUAGACAUCUUGCUGCUGGAAAAAGCUACAGGAAAAAUGCAGUUGUGUAAUAAUAAUGGCAUUGGGGGUUAUCGAGAUAACUCCUGAGCGCUGAAAACUGUUUGUUCACAUCGGGGCUUUUCAACAGGAUCACAGUUACAUUAUUUCAAAGAUUGAAUUACUGCCUUACACUCUGUCUCUCUCUCUCUUUCAAAUAUAUAAAAUGAAGUAAAUAUUUAUAGAAAUUAUAAAUUAGUAAUAAAUGGCAGGUCUUGCUAUGUCUUAAUAUUUGAAAUCAAAUAACUUUCUUCUAGAACCAAAUUAUGGUACCACAACUGAAGCAAUAAUGAGUUCAAAAUUUUGUUUGAAAAUUUUGUUCGAAAAUACAGUGGAACCAAGGUUCCACUGUAUUUUGGUGUGCUUUGUUAACUGGAGUAAGUUUCCUUACAUUUCAGAAGUUGAAAUAUUGAAUAUCUGGCAUAUCCUUAUAUGCUUUUGUUAAGUUGAUGAAACUGCAUAGUCAGAGUCAGUAGUUUACUAUGUACAGUACUCUUCUGAGUUUCACACUUGCUUUCUUUUAAAGGCAUGGCACAAAACUUGAGGGUUGCAAAACUUGGAGUAUUGAAAAACCUGAAAAAUGCUUGUUUAUUCUAGCCACAUAGCCUAGAAUUGUGUGAGUGUGUAUGUUUUGUCCUCACAUCUGGCAUGACACAGCAGUGUGGCAGUACAGUGCAAUCACAUCUAGAAUUAUGUUGUGUGUGUUUUGUUCUCACAUCUGGUGUGAUGCAGCAGUGCAGAGGUUCAGCACCACCAUAUCUAUCAUAGUAGUGAGAUAUUUCUCAUUUGUUUGUAUGUAUUUUUGUAAUGCAGCAAUUCCUUCCUCUCCUCCUCUCUCACAUGCAAGUCAGUGUGACUAGUGUUGUAGCUAACAAGUGGUUUAUCCACAAAGAAUUUGUAUGAUAAGGUAUGUGAAUUGUACACAGAUAUACAUAUACAAUACAUUGCACAUAAGUAUUUAUUUUCAUUAUCUGUAACAUAAUGGUAGAAAUGUGUAACACACAUGCAACAAAAGUGCAAAACUCAAGAAAAUUAUGUGAAAAAGUCAGGGUGGUAAGAAUUUAAGACCCAGCACAAAACUCAAGGAUCGUAAAACUUGGGGACCAUGAAACUUGGGUUACUGUACUAGAUUUGUUGUAUGUUAAAUUCAGUGUUAUGGUUAUUUUGAAUAUUACAUUUUAUGUUUUCAAAUUCUUUAUUUUGAUUAUUUCUUCUACUUUUUUUUUAACUUCUUUAAAGCAAAUAUUUACUAAAAUGUCUUGUUCCUGUGUUAUUUGUUUAAUUUGUUUUUAAUAAAUAAUUGAGACCCA